AGGAAAUGCGGCGAAGCGUGGACCUGGACGAUGGCGCGCUCGUCGAUAUCUUGUCCAGGAUCGCGGAUGCGCGGCAGAUUGCGCAGUGCUCGCUGGUGUGCAAGCGAUGGCAGGAGCUGCGCUGGGCUGUCACAGGCUUGCAUUUCGAUUUUAGGGCUCGCAGCAAGGAGGAGGUGAGGGAGAAGGAAGACGUCAUCGCCGCUGUGCUCCGCCGCACCAAGAACAGAGCUCCCGGAUGCCUCAAGACGCUCAAGGUCUCUCUCCGGUGCGAUGAGCCGUCCGAAGCUACCGGGCACUGGCUUAUGUGGGCCGAUUCCCUCACUGCUCUUUGGCUCGAGGCCACCGUUUCUCUGCGCUGGGGGCCGGCUGUGUGGAACUCGGUGCUGCGCUUGGACACUCUCCGGGGCGUCCAGAUAGUCGGGAGGUUUUACAGCAAGAACUUGCUGCCGGUGGUGGAUGAAUCUCCCUUCCAGAGCUUGCGCUACUGCCGAUUCUCCAAGGCGAUCAACGUGACGAAUUUGCUGCUCGAGGCGCUCCUCGCAGCGUCCCCGGCGCUGGAGAAUCUGAGCGUCGACUUCUUUGGGGACGUUUCCAGGCCAGCUCUCACGGUCUCGAGCGCCAGCUUGAGAACUCUCAGGCUUUUCGGCUGCUGGAGGGAUGGCGAUGCGUUCAAGGUGGUUCUCAACGCGCCAAGGCUGGCCAGCUUUGUGUUUGGCAACCUUCCCUCGAGAAGCGCCAGGCUGAGCAUCCAUUUCCUGUCGAAGAACUUGAGCUCGCUGGAGCUCUUCUCCUCCUGCGAGCUCGAGAACCGGUGUGAUUUGCUGCAAAGCUUGAGGAUAACUGGAAACUGGGCGCUGGAGAAUGUUGCGAACGUGUUCCAGUUCACGCCCAUGGUCACGGUGCUCCACCUUGGGCUGAGGAGCACUGGAAAGACAAGGAUUGACAAUUUCUUGGCUCCACUCAUCAACUUGAAGAGGAUCCAUUUCUAUGGCCUGGCUAUGAUGUCGUUUGUAGGAGGAGACAUGAGAUUAGAGGCGCUCCAUGUCCAUCUCUGGGCGGACUUGGACUUCCGCUAUGCGGCGCCUGAUAUCAGCUUGUUCAAGGCUUUUCUCGAAGUUCAUAAAAUCCCGAGUCUGGUGGUACAUUGCAAGGAGAUGGCAGACCACGAAACGAAGUCCGUCAAGGAGAGCUAUGAAUGCUGGCGAGUUCUAUUCGACCUGUUACUCUUCUAUCCAAGCCGAGUCACACUCAAGUGCUAAAAGGAAACGGAGCCACCACCUUUUGAACAGAAUGCGUGGUAUGGAGCUCAAGCGAUGGCAAGAGCUCCGCUUCGGCUUCUACAGAGCUUUGAUGGGUCAACCGCCGCUCCGGACUCUCGAAUUUCGUGACACUGGUGUGUCGACUUCGCUUCUCAAGGCACUCUCUUGGCAGCAUGCCCGGUGCUCACGUAUCUAACAGCAGAAUUCUCAGUGGUUACACUCACACCCUUGUCAAGCGCAAGCCUUGAAAUCGUAGUGUUUGUAUGGGUGAGUGAUUGUGGAAGCCCUGAGGUUGAGCAUUCUUAUGUUGGAAGUGAGAAGAGUGAGGAUCUGUUUGCUCGCCCAUUAUGUUGGAAGUGAGAAAAGUGAGAAUCUGUUGUGAUUUGCACUUUCUUGCCUUCUAUAGUCCUAACUACUGAGGAUUUGUGGAAA